AAAAAAUCGGGAUUGACUUCGCACCUUAUCAGUUCUUCGCUCCACAUAUGGCGCAGUGCAUGUAAUAAUGUGCAAUGUGGAUUAUUGGACCAUGUCUAUGCGCCUCUCUGCGCACGACCGGAGUACAGGUGUAGUCCUGUUAUUCUUGACAAAAAUGUGCCUCCAGGGAUUUACAACCCCUAAUUUCUUUUUACUCCUACGUCGGGGAGGGACGCCGGGGGAGAAAGGAAAGAUAGGAAAAGCCGGAAGGCCUCCAGGCUACUUUUGGCGCACCAUACUCUGUACAAACGAGCGGAUCUGCGAUUCUACGGAAAGGUCUUAUUGCAAUGUGCUUCAGCCUGGGUUAGUCCUAACUGCACCGGAUUUGCACAGUACCGCCGUAGCGAGCAUCAUUAUCUAGUUCUUUUUUCUUCUAUCAUGAGCAAUCUGCCUACCUAAGUUUGUGCUUGAAACCCGUAAUUAUCUACAAAUUCGAGAAACAAUAACCAACCGGCUGUUGUAUUCCAAUGCAUGUCAGUUAUAUUAGUAGCAUCGCAUGUUCUGAUCCGGAGAUGGUGCGAUAAAAAAAACCACAACAUGAACCAGCG